AUGGACCAUAACUAAUUUGUAUGCUAGUUAAUCACGAUAUGAUAGGUUAUUGAAAUUGCCUAGAAAUUCUAACAGUUCUUUGCUCACAUGAACAAGUUUUGUUCACAAUUUUUGAAAGAUUAGAAUGUGCCUGAGAUCUCAAAAACAGAGAAAAAGAAGGAACGAGAUCCAAAUGCACCUAAAAAACCAUUGACACCAUUCUUUUUAUUUAAUUAGAAGUAUAGAGAGAAAGUGAUUGAACGUAAUCCAGGUAUUUAUUAUAUUGAGAAAUAUUCAUAGAGAUUAAACUUAUUUAAAUAUCUUAGAUGGCUGGAAGUAAAUGGUAAUCUAUGACUGAAUAAGAGAAAAAAGUAUAGAUUUUAAGUAAUUUGAAUAGCCUUAUGUUGAUCAAUAUAAUGCAGCAAAGGAAAAAUAUGGAAUAGAUUUGAGAGAUUAUAAUGAUAAAAAUGGGAUUGAAACAAAUGAUAAGAAACGUAAGAAGUCAGAGAAAGUAAUGUGUAUCCUAACAAACUAUAGUUUGAUGAAAAAUAAAUGAAAUCAACUAUAGAUAAUAAUGUUGAUGACUUUGAAUCCGAAUCAAUUCAACCUGCUGCCAAACAUUAAUAAUAAAUUAAAUAAUAAUAGUAGAAACAAAUCAAUAAUGAUGAUUAAGUCUAAUAAUAAUAAGGAAAAUAGACUAAAUAAUAAUAAUAAGCUUAAUAAAAAUAAAUACGAGUUUAGACAAAGAAAGGUAAACAUGUAGAAAUAGAUGAUGAUAUCUAAAGAGAUAUUGAUUAAGUAAUGAACAAUCCGAAAUAGACAUAAAAAAAAUCUAAGAAAUGAA